GGAAACAAACGUAAACUGAAUACUGCUAUUGCCCUAAUGGGAAAGUCCUCAGUUGUCUUCCUGGAUGAGCCAUCUACUGGCAUGGACCCAGUAGCCAGGCGCCUGCUCUGGGACACAGUUACAUGGAUGUGUAAAACUGGCAAAGCUAUCAUCAUCACCUCUCACAGCAUGGAAGAAUGUGAGGCGCUUUGUACCAGGCUGGCCAUCAUGGUAAAGGGGAAGUUCAAGUGCCUAGGCAGCCCUCAGUACCUCAAAAACAAGUUUGGUAACGUAUAUAUUCUGACAGCAAAGAUUAAGAUUGAUGAAAAUGAAGAUAAACUAGCGGAGUUCAAAGAAUUCAUUGCAACAACUUUCCCAGGUAAGAGAAGUAGGGUUGGCUUGUGAAAACUGUGUUAAGUCACGUAUGUUGUGCUGCUGCAUGUAAUAAUUAACUUUUUGCUGUGAAUUACUGAUGUUUAUUUUCAAUUAGGCUCCUUUGGGAAUAAUUUUUUUCUAUGAAUUUAUUCCUGAUUAUGCUAAGAAGCUUUCUCAAAAUAGCAGAGGCUCUCACCAGUCUCUUGUA